AUGUCAGAACUCACCCAACUUGAUUAUCUAGACAUGUCCUCCAAUUACCUCACAGGUCCACUCCCUUCUUUCAAUAUGUCCAAAAACCUCAAAUAUCUAUCAUUAUUUCGCAAUCACUUGAGCGGGGAUUUACCAUCCAACCAUUUUGAGGGCCUCAUGAAUCUUGCCAGCAUUAAUUCAGCAUUAAUUGAUGGUCUCUUGGGUGAAUUUGAUAAUGCAUCGUCUCCUGUAUUGGAGAUGCUUGAUUUGAAAGGCAAUAACUUACAUGGACAUAUUCCUUCCUCUGUCUUUAACCUUGCAACGAGAUUGGUUAAACUUGUUGCAAACAUGUCCAGCUCUUUCAUUGACCAAGGGAUAGUUGAAUCUAAACCAGUGGAUCUCUGUCGUUAUCAAGAUUCGGUUAUUCUUGUCUACAAAGGCCAGCAGAUGAAGCUUUCCAAAAUUCAAAUGGAAUUCACUUAUUUGGACAUGUCAAACAACUACUUGGAGGGGCCAAUACCUAACGAGCUAAUGGAAUUCAAGGCACUUCAUGGUCUGAACUUGUCACAUAAUGCACUUAUGGGUCAUAUACCAUCAUCUGUGGGGAAUUUGAAGAAUCUCGAGUCUUUGGCCUUGUCAAACAACUUCUUCAAUGGAGAGAUACCUCAAGCGCUCUCGACUUCUUCUGCCUCGUGA